AUGAAUCAGACUCAGCCCUAUAUGGAUGUGCAUUCGCAUCUCUCGUCUGCUCAACCCUACGCUCCGCAAGCUGCUACGGCCGGCGCCAUGUCGCACUACCCGCCCUAUCAGCAGCCCCCAGUCUUGCAGCCCGCGUCCAGCUAUGCGCCCGCCUCUUAUCCGCAGUACGGUUACCCAAACGGCGUCACUUCGCCCCCUGCGGUGACCCCCCACCCUGUGAAUGCCCCCGGUUACGGAAACAGCACCGGUGCGCCCCAACAAGGCUUCACCUACGACACCACCGGCCAGAUGGCUCCCCCGGGCGCGAAACCACGCGUGACCGCUACGUUAUGGGAAGAUGAAGGCAGUCUUUGCUACCAGGUGGAGGCCAAAGGGGUCUGUGUCGCACGACGCGAGGAUAACCACAUGAUCAACGGUACCAAGCUCUUGAAUGUUGCGGGAAUGACUCGCGGCCGACGUGAUGGCAUCUUGAAGAGUGAGAAGCUGCGCCACGUUGUGAAGAUUGGCCCAAUGCAUUUGAAGGGUGUUUGGAUUCCUUUCGAGCGCGCAUUGGAGUUUGCGAACAAGGAGAAGAUUACAGAUCUAUUAUACCCGCUGUUCGUCCACAAUAUUGGAGGUCUGCUGUACCAUCCAGCCAACCAAAACCGGACCAACAUGGUGGUGCAAGAAUCGGCCAACCGGCGCCUUGAGGGUACCCCAGCCGGUCCUCACAGGACUCCAACUGCGCCUCAGCCCUCAACGCUGCCCCAUCACGCUAUGCACACCCCGAUGUCUUCGCAGAUGCCUCAGCCACCGAUGGGCCAGCGACCGGGGUUUCCCACACCCCCGGCAAGCGCGUCCAGCUUGAUGGGAGUGACUAACCAAGAGAGCUCGUAUGGGUGGAACCAGGGGAUGAACUCGGGAGUGCCGCACACUCAGCCGCUGUCGAUCGAUACAACUCUGAGCAACCAGCGAUCAAUGCCGACCACCCCAGCCACCACGCCUCCGGGCAACAACAUGCAGGGCAUGCCUCCUUACCAAGGCCAGUCCGGGUAUGAUUCAAAGUCCUACUACUCCGCGCCGCCGCCAGCACACUCUCAAUACGCCCCUCACACCCCCAUGACCCAGUCUGGCAUUUCUAGCUAUGGACAGUCGCUUCCGAACGUGAACUAUCUCAAGAAUGAAAUGGCGCCCCCGGCAGGUCGGGCUCCGGGCGCCUCUGAGGCGGAAAAUUCAGAGCUGAAAUCUGACCGCUACUCCCAGAGCAAUGGUCCCACUGAAUCAGUCUCGGAGCAGGAGCCCGAGUACCUGCAAGAUCAGGGCGCUGCCUACGGCGCCGGCCGUGGCUCGUACACCUACGCCACCAACCCAUCUGUUGGUUCCCUGACUGGCGAGCAUUCCCAGCUCACCCCGGAGAUGACUGGCUCACCCCAGCAGAACGGCUCCGGUCGUAUGACGCCGCGUUCUAGCAACCCUUCUUCCCACUGGCCUGGCUACAACACCCCUCCACGUCCUUCCGCCACGACUCUUUACAAUGCGGUUAGCGAUACUCGCGGGACUCCUGCCAAUGGUGUUUCUGACCCUUAUUCCAUGGCAUCCAUGACUGGCAACAUGGGAAGUGCAGGAACGAAACGCAUGCGUGAUGACGACGACGAUGUGAUUCGACCUGAAAGCGCGGGUGACUACGAGACCAAGCGUCGCAAGACAUUGACCGAUGCAACCAUCCCCAGCGGCAUUGGAGGUCCUCUCCUGCAGCCUAUGAAGCCUUCUGCUGUGAUGAGUAGACGCCGAUAA